AGCAUCUCUACGCCCACUCAGUUUUUCAGUUUAGAUUAGUCAAAUAUGUUGUCAAUAACAUUCCGUUUCUAACACUCCCUCUCGGCGGAUUAGGGACGCAAACUUUAUCGCACUUUUUAAACAAAUUUAUAUUUAGAGUAGGCUACUGCGUUUCUACAUGUUCAGUAUUUUGUUUAGUAACACUUUCACUUUUUAUGCAAUCUAUCUUGGCUUGAGAAAGAGAACCAGGCUACACGUCUUCUGGGGGAUGGUUAAACCUGUCUUUGUAGACGGAUUGUCUGAAUAAGGAAAAGGAGAGAAAAACGAAAGUUGUUCCAGUUGUGUUUUUUCAGUUUUAUGGUCCACAUCCCUCUGCAGCAAUGGAGAUAGAGAGUAUGGUGGCGAACAGCGCACUCAUCAGAGCCAGAGGAGGUAAGAAAUACACCUAUUUAGGUGCAGUAAAAACUACUACUGCAUUAAUACUAGCCUACUACUUCUUAUUUCACCAUACAAUCCUUUUUUUUAGCAAGCACACACAUUUUGCAGAAGGCUACAUUUUAACAUGACAGGUGAUGCCCUGCUUUGGAGAUUGCAGUGCACCCUUGUAAUUCUUAACCUUAUUGCAAUUCUUAUGAAUGUGUCACAAAGGUUCAUUUCAAAAUGUCCCAUAGUAUGUAGAAUGUGAUUGCAGCUAUUGCAGAAAGACAAGUACAACAAAUAACUUACGUAACUGACUGUUGUACAUAACCUACAGUGAGGUGAGAGUGAGUGAGUAGGAGUAUGGGUCCCAGAGAAAGUUGCUUCCUUCUGAGGAACAAUGUAUGUGGUGAAGGAAUGAGGAAAGGAUGUAUGAUCAAAGAGGAUUGAUUAGGGGGUUGGGGAUGGAGGCUCACUUCUUUUUUUCUGUUAUUUUUUGUUCUCUCUUUACAUACUAAAUGUAUUCUUACUUUUUGGCUCUGUGAUGCAAACUAUUCAAUUAUAUAUGAAGCGGCGCAGGUCCUGGUCCAGGCACUUGUCAUCUCCCGUCUGGACUACUGCAACUCGCUGUUGGCUGGGCUCCCUGCCUGUGCCAUUAAACCCCUACAACUCAUCCAGAAUGCCGCAGCCCGUCUGGUGUUCAACCUUCCCAAGUUCUCUCACGUCACCCCCCUCCUCCGCACACUCCACUGGCUUCCAAUUGAAGCUCGCAUCCGCUACAAGACCAUGGUGCUUGCCUUUGGAGCAGUGAGGGGAACGGCACCCCUGUACCUUCAGGCUCUGAUCAGUCCCUACACCCAAACGAGGACAUUGCGUUCAUCCACCUCUGGCCUGCUGGCUCCCCUUCCUCUGCGGAAGCACAGCUCCCGCUCAGCCCAGUCAAAACUGUUCGCUGCUCUGGCACCCCAAUGGUGGAACAAGCUCCCUCACGACGCCAGGACAGCGGAGUCACUCACCACCUUCCGGAGACAUUUGAAACCCCACCUCUUUAAGGAAUACCUGGGAUAGGCUAAAGUAUUCCUUCUAACCCCCCCCCCCCCCCCCCCCCCCCCCCCAAAUUGUAAAGUGGUUAUCCCACUGGCUAUAGGGUGAACGCACCAAUUUGUGAGUCGCUCUGGCUAAGAGCGUCUGCUAAAUGACGUUAAUGUGCCCUUGAGCAAGGCACUUAACCCUAAUUGCUCCUGUAAGUCGCUCUGGUUAAGAGCGUCUGCUAAAUGACUAAAAUGUAAAAAUGUAAAUGUAAUUAUAUUAAUUUGUGUGUUGUGCAUGUGCCCCCCCCCCCACUUCCCCAACAAGAAAAUGAAACAAUUUAUAAAGAUUUGAUCCCAAAGACAAGUGGACUGAUUGACACUUAGAAUGAACUUGCAGGGACUUUCUACAGUACUACUUCCUCAAGUUUCCUUUCUCUCUCUCUCUCACACACACACACACACACACACACACACACACACACACACACACACACACACACUUCAUUCCUUAAAGUAUUCAGUGAUCUGACAUAAAGCUUAAGCUAUAAGUAUAGCCUGCUUUCACCAUCUAAAUAAUGUCAGAUCAGUGAUUACCUUAAUGAUGGGGUAGGGGAUUCAUCACAAUCUUUAGAAGCAGGAUGUAAUACAUUUGAGUUCUGUCAUUGUUAAACAACCCCUAUCUCUCUCGAAAGCAGGUAGAAAGACAGAUGUCUCUACUAAUAGAUGUCCUGUCUGUGUUUUAUGGGUCAUGGGUGAAACCUCGCUAUAUGACAAAGUAGUAGCCACACACACCAUAUCUUAAGAUGCAACACAUUUUGCUACAGGCUACAGGAGAAAUCAAUCCUUUGGGUGGUUGGUGUGGAGCAGGUGGCCAAGUACACUCAUAUUUUAUGUGCCACUGGAAAACACACACACACACACUAUGUGUUUUGGCGAGCUGAACAAAUGUCUGGUGGCAUCAAUACACCUGUAUGACAGGUAGCAGGGUGACAGGCUCAGGGUUGGAUGCGUGUGGGAUGAGUGAGGUCACAAACCAUAACAAACAGGUUGGACUCCUUCCUACGUUCUGUGAAUAUCAUCAUCAGUAGGUGACAUCUGUAGGCAGGAUCAGCAAUUUUAUCACAAUGCUGCACUGUGUGUGUGUGUGUGUGUGUGUGUGUAGAUUGCAGUACUAUGUGGUCCCACAGGUUUGUUCCUGAUUCAGACCUAUUUAUAGAUCUCUCUUUGUAGUGGAUGGAUGCCAGGGCUGGAACCUGACUGACGAGGAAGCACUACACACACACACACACACACACACACACACACACGAACAAAGGCUAUUGUUGACAGACUAAUAGUAGUCUUUUUUUGGUGUGUUGAGGUGAACGAACAGGUCAACAGACCUUUAGGUUAUAAGGUUAUAACUAUACAACUAGAAGCCUGAAUCGGUCCAGUUUGAGAUGUUUUGGUCUUACUGCUGAUAGUUUUUAUUUCUUUGUUUUCAUUCUGAGGCCCCGUUUUAACAUAUUACACACAACACAUAACCAAAGAGUUGAAUGAGCUCACAUGCUUUUGGGUAUGAAAAACAGUAUACUAUGACAGCUCAGCUGUAAUAUCAAAUUUCUCAUACUCUUUCCCCAUUUUAGGAGAUGCUCUUAACCAGAAGAAUUGGGGUCAAGUGCUUUGCUCAAGGGUACAUCAACAGAUUCUUCACCUAGUUGGCUUGGGGAUUCGAACCAGCGUCCUUUCAGUUACUGGACCAAUGCUCUUAACCGCUAGGCUACCUGCCGCCAUUUCUUACCUCCUUCUUUCACCCUUCCCUCCCAUGUUUCAUCUCUCUCUAGGUGGAGGGGGAAAAGGCAGGAGUUGGAAAUGGAAAGAGAUGCUGCGAUUCCCUCACAUCAGCCAGUGUAUGGAGCUGGGCAAAACCAUCGGUCAGUGUGUGUGUGUGUGUGUGUGUGUGUGUGUGUGUGUGUGUGUGUGUGUGUGUGUGUGUGUGUGUGUGUGUGUGUGUGUGCGGUUCGUGUGUGUGAGAGUUUGUGUGUGUGUGUCUGUGCAUCAUGUUUUAUAUGUGUAAUGUGUGUGUUUCAGAGCGAGACUACUCCAGUCUGUGUGUGAAGCAGCCUAUCGGCAGACAACUAUUCCGUCUCUUCUGUCAGAGCAAACCUGAGCUGCGGCACUGCAACUCCCUAUUGGACGAAAUGGUAUGAUCCACUAUAGGCCUUAUUCACUAUGGAGGAGGUGGUAUGGUCCAUAUUGGGGGAAAUGAUCAGAUAUAAUUCUGCAAGCCGGUGUUACAGUACGCUCUGCUGAUAGACCGGUGUCAUAGCAAAGUGAUGUCAUAUUUCUGAAGGGUGUGUGUGUGUUUUGGGCACACAGCCAGGAAAGAAUUCUAGUAUGAUAACAUUCUUAGGAAUGUUAUGUUAAUGUAUUAAAAAAAUAAGUUAUGUCUACUGGGUUAAAAAAUAACUCUGUUAUUCAUAUCUCUCUCUAUGUAUUUCCUCAUUGGCCUGGACCAAUGCCUUGCUGAAGGUUAGUGACCUGGGUCGUUCAUGAAGAAUGAUCCAGCAAUCAGUGCCAGCUAAUAGACAGGGACAGGGACCGUCAAAAUGACAUCAUUCAUGUUGACAAAACAAGAAUUAUAAGUCCAGAAAUCUUUUCAUUUCUACAGGGGGAGUAUGAGGUGAAGUCAGAUGAGGAGAAGAGGAGUUUUGGCAUGCAAAUCAUUAACAGGUUCCUCAGUAGACAGGUACCGUCUUUACACACUCUCUCUCUCACACACAAACUAAAGGUUGAUUUCUCACUUGAGACUUUUGCAAGUUAAUUGUAUAUGUGUGUGUUCUCUUGCCAGUCAUCUGAGUGUGUACAGGUAGUAGAGCGCUAUGGUGAGAGGUGUAGAGAGAGUCUGGAGGAGCAGCACAGUAGAGACGUCUUCAUUGACUGCACAGAGUGAGUCUCUCUGCCCUUUACCCCAAUUUCCCUCAUCUUGCUCUCACCCUUCCCUCCCCUAUCUGUGAGGGAAUGUGUGUGCUGGGAAUUCACCUCCUCUUACUGUGUGAUUACAGUGACCUCCAUGAGUACCUGAGUGGUGUCCCCUUCCUUCAGUACCAGCAGAGCAUGUACUUUGACCGUUUCCUGCAGUGGAAGAUGGUAGAGAGGUCAGUGCAUAUGGACAUGUGUGCGUUUGACUGAAUAAUCAAACUAAGUGAGAUAUGACCACACAGUCACUGUGUAUUUCUCUCCCCCCAGACAGCCUGUUACCAAACACAUGUUUAGACAGUACAGGAUGCUGGGUAAGGGAGGCUUCGGGGAGGUAAGGCUGCUUUCACUGCACUCUUAGAAAAAAGGGUUCCAAAAGGGUUCUUCGGCUGUCCCCAUAUUCGGCUGUCCCCAUAGGAGGACGCUUUUUGGUUCCAGGUAAAAACCUUUUUGGUUUCAUGUAGAACCCUCUGUGUAAACGGUUCUUCAUGUAACCCAAAAGGGUUUUACCUGGAACCAAACAUGUUUAUUAGAAGGGUUAUCCUAUAGGGACAGGCGAAUAACCAUUUUAGGUUCUAGAUAGCACCUUUUUUCUAAGAGUGUGCAGACAAACAUGUUUUCACAACGUUUCUGAGAAAAAUCUCAAAUCAGAAAACAUUGACCCAACAUGUGUAACAACACAUUUGAUAGUGAGGAUUCAGCUCAUACAAUCUCCCCCUCUCUAUAUCCUUUUCUCCCUUCCUCCCUCCCCUCUCACCCAGGUGUGGGCAUUCCAGGCGCGAGCCUCUGGGAAGAUGUACGCGUGUAAGAAGCUGGAGAAGACUCACGUGAAGAAGAGAAGAGGAGAGGCUAUGGCCCUCAACGAGAAACAGAUACUAGAGACACUUAACAGCAGAUUUGUGGUAGGACUCUCUCUAUCUCUCUCUCGCUCUCUCUCCAUCCUCUUCUCUUUCUCUCCCUCCUUUUCUUUCAUUCUCUCUCUGUCGCUCUGUGUCCUCUCUUCCGCUGCAUCCUCCUCUAAUGCUGUGUCUUUCAUUCUCUCUCUGUCGCUCUGUGUCCUCUCUUCCGCUGCAUCCUCCUCUAAUGCUGUGUCUUUCAUUCUCUCUCUGUCGCUCUGUGUCCUCUCUUCCGCUGCAUCCUCCUCUAAUGCUGUGUCUUUCAUUCUCUCUCUGUCGCUCUGUGUCCUCUCUUCCGCUGCAUCCUCCUCUAAUGCUGUGUCUUUCAUUCUCUCUCUGUCGCUCUGUGUCCUCUCUUCCGCUGCAUCCUCCUCUAAUGCUGUGUCUUUCAUUCUCUCUCUGUCGCUCUGUGUCCUCUCUUCCGCUGCAUCCUCCUCUAAUGCUGUGUCUUUCAUUCUCUCUCUGUCGCUCUGUGUCCUCUCUUCCGCUGCAUCCUCCUCUAAUGCUGUGUCUUUCAUUCUCUCUCUGUCGCUCUGUGUCCUCUCUUCCGCUGCAUCCUCCUCUAAUGCUGUGUCUUUCAUUCUCUCUCUAGGUCAGUCUGGCGUAUGCGUAUGAAACCAAACAGUCUCUCUGUCUGGUGCUGACCAUAAUGAACGGAGGAGACCUGCGGUUCCACAUCUAUAACAUGGGUCCUCCAGGCCUGGAGCAGGACAGGGUCCAGUUCUAUGCUGCUGAGGUCUGCUGUGGUCUCCACCACCUCCAUCAGAGGCACAUUGUCUACAGGUCAGUAGACACUGACUCCAUCCUGAUUCUACACCCUUUUUAAAAGCAAAGGAUCGGUGUAAGCAUUGGCUGGAGGGAGUUUCCUCCAUUGUUAAAUCCAUGUGAGAAAGUGUUUGCACACUUUUUGCACACUUCUGGAAAAGGGUGAAGUCGUCUCAUGGAGUAUGCUAAAAUUGAUUAAUGUGACAUUGAAAAGGCAUUGUACUGAUUUCUGUUCUUUGUUUUAGGGAUCUAAAACCGGAGAACAUCCUUCUAGAUGACAACGGUAGGCACACUUUAAUGAUAUCACAAUCUAUGCAUGUGCUUCAGACCGAUAUCAUUCUUCCUUAUUCUUCACAUUCUAGCCAUGCAGGAUCUAUAGUGCCUUUAGAAAGUAUUCACACCCCUUGAUUUUUUCUACAUUUUGUUGCGUUACAAAGUGGGAUUAAAAUAAUUGUCAUUUGUUUGUCAACAAUAUACACAAAAUAAUGUUGAUUUUUAAAAUGUAUAUUAAUGGAAAAUAAAACACUUGAUUAUACAAGUAUUCAAUCCCCUGAGGCAAUACAUGUUACAAUCACCUUUGGGAGAAAUUACAGCUGUGAGUCUUUCUGGCUAACUCUUAAGAGCUUUGCACACCUGAAUUGUACAAUAUUUGCCCCUUAUUCUUUAAAAGAUUAUUCAAGCUCUGUCAAGUUGGUUGUUGAUCAUUGCUAGACAGCCAUUUUCAAAUCUUGCCAUAGAUUUUCAAGCCGAUUUAUGUCAAAACUGUAACUAAGCCACUCAGGAACAUUCAAUGUCGUCUUGGUAAGCAACUCCAGUGUAUAUUUGUCUCCCAGUGUCUGGUGGAAAGCAUACUGAACAAAUUUUCCUCUAGGAUUUUGCCUGUGCUUAGCACUAUUCCUUUCCAUUUAUUUGUAUCAUAAAAAAAUCCCUGGUCCUUGCCGAUGACAAGCAUACCAUAAAAUGAUGUAGCCACCACCAUGCUUGAAAAUAUGAAGAGUGGUACUCAGUGGUGUGUUGUUGGAUUUGCCCCAAACAUAACGCAUUGUAUUCAGGACAUAAAGUUCAUUUCUUUGCCACAUUUUUGGCAGUAUUACCUUAGUGUCUUAUUGCAAACAGGAUGCAUGUUUUGGAAUAUUUUGUAUAUUCUGUACAGGCUUACUUCUUUUCACUCUGUCAUUUAUGUUAGUAAUAUGGAGUAACUACAAUGUUGUUGAUCCAUCCUCAGUUAUCUCCUAUCAUAGCCAUUAAACUCUAAGUGUUUUAAAAUCACCAUUGGCCUCAUGGUGAAAUCCCUGAGCGGUUUCCUUCCUCUACGGCAACUGAGUUAGGAAGGGUGCCUGUAAUAACUGCACCAUGCUCAAAGGGAUAUUCAAUGUCAGCUUUUUUUUUCUUUACCCAUGUACCAACAGUUGCCUUUCUUUGCGAACCAUUGGAAAACCUCACUGGCCUUUGUGGUUGAAUCUGUGCUUGAAAUUCACUGCGACUGAGGGACCUUACAGAUAAUUGUAUGUGUGGGGUACAGAGAUGGCGUAGUCAUUUAAAAAUCAUGUUAAAACACUAUUAUUGCACAGAGUGAGUCCAUGCAACUUAUUAUUAUCAACCACAUUUUCACUCCUGAACUUAUUUAGGCUUGCCAUAACAACAGGGUUGAAUAGUUAUUGACUGAAGAGAUUUCAGCUUUUCAUUUUUGACAUUAUUGGAUACUGUGUAUAGAUCAGUGACACUAAAUCUCAAUUUAAUCUAUUUUAAAUUCAUGCUGUAACCCAACAACAUGUGGAAAAAGUAAAGGGGUGUGAAUACUUUCUAAAGGCACUGUAGUUUCCCUAAGAAGGAUAUCCUGGUGAUGAAAUGUAAGAUUUGAUUUUCUAACAAUCACAAACAUGGGCGGUUGGUCUUUCAGGAAGUGAAUUAACGGUGUGUGACAACCAGGUCUAGUCUAUAUUUAGAUCACCUUACUGGUAUCUAUUCCAAGCUUGGCAGCGUGUUUGGAAACUUGGAAACACAUGUAGACGAUACCAAGCAUACCACUGUAACUAGUAACUAUCUCACAGGAUAUACACACAUCAGUGGUGGUCGGUGCCAUUUAAGAUGAGGAAGUUUUUUUCUUCUUCUCAUCAGCAUGUGCAUAUUUCUAUUACAGCAUAGGAUGACUGUCGUUCAUAUUCCAUUCACCCAGUUCAAUGUAACAUCGAUAGGUUUAGGCUACUACAUGACACUAUAAUUUUCCCAAUACACAUCAUGAGGUUGCUACAACCUAGCCUAUUUAUAAACAUUUACAACGUAGGUGCAUACAGGUCGAGAGAACAUUUUGAGGUGACAGACAUUGACACAUGAACAGACAGUGAAAAAACCUUUCCAAGCCAAACCAUAUCAUAACCACUACACACUGCCUACAUCGUUGUCACCAUAUUAGCUAAAGUAAUGUCAUAGUUAACAUAGCUAAUAGAACUAACGCGUUAGUAAACCCGUUACAAUCAUGCCGUAACGUUACAGUGUAGUCAGUAAGCAGUUCAAUAUGCAGUUUAGCAGUUACACCGGCGGGCCCGGUGGCAAUAAAGUAGUCAAACCAAAAGCUUACCUUGACUUGGAAGAAUUCCAGUGUUGUGUUGGAUAGUCAUAGCCAGCUAACUAACAUAGCAUCCCUCUGUUUGAGCCAGGUGUUUGAGUAGGCUAAACUAGCUUGCUAGCUGCAUUUGCUAGCUAAGUAGCUAAGUGAAAGUGAAAAAUGACAAAAUAUAGCUCUCUCUCUAUCUCUCUUUGCUUCUCCUUUAUUUUUGAAGAAAUUAAUUUGUUCAAAACUAUUGUCUUUCUCUUUGAGUCAACUACUCACCACAUUUUAUGCACUGCAGUGCUAACUAGCUGUAGCUUAUGCUUUCAGUGCUAGAUUCAUUCUCUGAUCCUUUGAUUGGGUGGACAACAUGUCAGUUCAUGCUGCAAGAGCUCUGAUAGGCUGGAGGACGUCCUCCAGAAGUUGUCAUAAUUACUGUGUAAGUCUAUGGAAGUGGGUGAGAACCAUGAUCCUCCUAGGUUUUGUAUUGAAGUCAAUGUACCCAGAGGAGGACGGAAGCUAGCUGUCCUCCGGCUACACUACAGAGUGUUGUUGAGGCUACUGUAGACCUUCAUUGCAAAACAGUGUGUUUUCAUUAUUUGGUGACGUUAAUAUAUUAAGUAUAGUUUUAUCUAAAAAGGAUAACUUUAAUGUUUUACUAUUUUUAUUAAAUUCACUGAAGAGGAUGGUCCUCCCCUUCCUCCUCUGAGGAGCCUCCACUGACACACACACACACACACACUGCCACUGUCACGUCACCUGCCAGAACCAUCCUACUCCUUCUGCUCAUGUAUCUUAUUUGUGUUCCAUGAUAGAUGUUUUCCAUGACAGGAUUUUCAUCAAUCUAUUACGUGACAUUUUCCACGAGUGAAAAUCUCUUGAAAAUGUGUGGCUACCCUAUGUUGUAUGAUGUAUCCACUGAUCCCCCACCCCUCUUCACCUGUCCCAGGGCACAUCCGUAUCUCAGAUCUGGGCCUGGCGGUGAAGCUAUCUGAGGGGGAUCUGGUACGAGGCAGGGUGGGCACCCUGGGCUACAUGGGUACGUGGCUUUAACCUACUGUACACUUUUAGGUGUUCUACAUUUUACAUUUUAGUCAUUUAGCAGACGCUCUUAUCCAGAGCGACUUACAGUUAGUUAGUGCAUACAUUAUUUUUUUCAUACUGGCCCCCCGUGGGAAUCGAACCCACAACCCUGGCGUUGCAAACGCCAUGCUCUACCAACUGAGCUACAUCCCUGCCGGCCAUUCCCUCCCCUACCCUGGACGACGCUGGGCCAAUACACAGAUGCAGGGUGUAUGAAAGAUCAUGAGAAUACUUGCACACUGUUUAGAUUAUCCACGGUGGUCAAAAUGUUGUGACGUGUUUGCCAUCAUGAGAAGUUUUUUUUUACAUCACAGUUUACCUCCAGAUGUUGUACUAUCACUGAGCUUCAUUAAAUAUAUAAUUUGGGAGCAACAACAAACAGUGAACUGACAUUUCCAAACCCCUCCCUCUUCCCAUCAGCUCCAGAGGUGAUUAGCCACGAGUACUAUGGGAUCAGCCCUGAUUGGUGGGGCCUGGGCUGCCUUGUGUACGAAAUGACAGCAGGACGGUCCCCGUUCAAGGGAAAAGGGGAGCGAUUGAUGGGAAAGGAGAUGGAGAGAAGGAUACAGGAGGAGGAGGAGGAGUACGGGAAGAUAUUUAGCAACGAGACAAAAGACUUAUGUCGCUCGGUAAGACUAGAGUUUUGCUCUGAUUUGACCUCAGACCUGUCAACAAGCAAAUUCUGUUCUACAUUGUAACUGCAUGGAUGUGCUCUCGUCUCCCCCCCUCUUUCUCUCUUCUUCCCUCUUUCCCUCACUCUCUCUCUUAUCCUUCUUUUUCCAUCGCUCACUCUCUCAGCUGUUGAACAAAGACCCGAGACAUAGGCUGGGGUGUCAGGGGAGUGGGGUGUAUGGGGUUAAGUCCCAUCCCUUCUUCAGAACUAUCAACUUCAGGAGGCUGGAGGCCGGAGUCAUUGAGCCACCCUUCAAACCAGAUGUAAAUACCCUAACUCAAAUCAAAUGUUAUUUGUCACAUGCUUUGUAAACAGGUGUAGACUAACAGUGAAACGCUUACUUACGGGCCCUUCCCAACAAUGCAGAGAAAUAAUAGACAAAUAAUAACAAGGAAUGAAUACACAAUGAGCAACGAUAACUUGGCUAUAUAGACUGGGUACUAGUACCGCGUCCAUGUGUAGGGGUACAAGGUAGAAAUGUACAUAUAGGUAGGGAUAAAGUAACUAGGCAGCAGGAUAAAUAAUAAGCAGUAGCAGCAGCGUAUGUGAUGAGUCAAAAGAGUUAGUGCAAAUGUGGGUCAAUGCAGAUAGUCCGGGUAGCCAUUUGGUUAACUAUUUAGCAGUCUUAUGGCUUGAAGGUAGAAGCUGUUCAGGGUCCUGUUGGUUCCAGACUUGGUGCAUCGGCACCACUUGCUAACUCUAACCGCUAUAAUCUGUAAAACUGCAAUUCAAUUGAUAUAAUAUGGAAUACUAGAUGUUUUAGUAAGUAAGAAUACUUCUCCCUCCCUCUGUCCUCUCCAUCUUUCCGCCCCCCUUCACUCUCUCCAGCCCAGAGCGGUGUACUGCCAGGAUGUUCAGGACAUUGAUGAGUUCUCCACAGUAAAAGGAGUCAUUUUGGAGAGGAAAGACAACGACUUCUACAUAAAGUUCAAAACAGGCGCCGUGGCCAUACCCUGGCAGACAGAGGUCAAUACAAUUUGCAGAUUAUUACAUUUGAUUUAGUUCUGUUAAAUUCAAUUACAUUAAAUUCAUUUCAAUAAAAUGUUAUUGUAUUGGUAGCAAUUUGAGGUUAGGUAUGGUCAUAGGCUAAUUGAGAUGACUAACUCCUAACCCUCACUCUCCCCCUUGCUCUCGUUCUCUCUCAUAGAUGAUAGAGAUGGGUUGUUUCAAGGAGCUGAAUGUGUUCGGGCCUCAGGGUUCCAGACCUCCUGACCUGGACUGGACCCACACCCCUGCCCCAGAGAGCCCCAAACGCAGUCUGCUGGACCGCAUCUUCCGCAGACACGUAGGACACACACACAUGUUGAUGGUUGGGCUUCCUAAUGGCUCACUCAACCCCUCUCACCACUGCAACUUUAGUUGUAAAUGAGAACAUUCUCUCACUCAGUUUACCUAGUGUAGAGUAAAAUUAAUAGAUAAUGAUUUUCUGUGUUGUUGUGUUUGCAGCAUGCAGAGGAGUCGGGCAGCAACAGACACAACUCAGACAGCAGACCCAUGGACUCAGCUGGCCUGCUCAGCACUACAUUAUAGUGGUGGAGGCACAGCACUACAGCCAAUGGAAUAAAGCCAAAGCUGAAACAGAGACAAAGAGUGACAGGGCCAUACCAUCUAUCGUUCACCAGCUCAGGCCAAAAGAGACCACCCCCAUACUAUCAUCCAGAGUUGCUCAUCUUAUUUCUGCAUGAGUCAGAUCAGAGGGAACCUCAGCGAAGACACAUGUUCUGAUUUUGUACCUGUGUGUUUAUGUAACCUUGAAAACAAAUCUUUACUUUAUUAAAACCAGCAUGAAUGUAAAACAAAAGUAGCUUGAGACCAAACGACUUGGUAAAACGUUAAUAUUUCACAUCUUUAACCAGGUUUCCAUCCAAACUUUUUAUGCACGUAAAGUACGUCGGAUAAAAAAUGUCACGUCAGGCCUGAUGGAAACAGCAAAUGUCUGUAAACUUGGCAAAUAUCGCCAAAACAAAAUACAUUAGACAAGGUGGGAUCUUUUUGUGUCUGUUAAAAUAAUUAUGAGAGAACUUGCGGUGGAAAAGCUUUUAUGGGCAAAUAUUGAUAUAAUAACCAUCAUAUCGAAGUAAACUUGGAGUCACGCGAUGACAUGUUGUGUGGUCCUAACACUACGACUCGGAAGACAUGCAGUUUAUUAGGCUACAGAUUAAAUAAAUAAUGAUGAACUUCACAGGGUGGUGAAAGUGCAAGGUGAUGCGCUUAAUGCUUCUUUCCAAUAAAUAUCGAGGGUCUUAUUCUGGUGACAUGAUUAUCGAAGCAUGCCAUUUGACAAAUUAAAAAUAAUCUCAUGUAGACUGUACCCGCACUGUAUCUGCGAGCUGCUGACUAGAGCGCACAUGUCAAUACCUGAGUGGGCACAUUCGCUAUGUAACGCAAAUUGUUUUGUGACAAAACCAUCAGUAGAGUUGAAAAUGCUUCUUUUUUUUUUUCGGUACAUGGGAAUUUAACCGCAAAAGUUAUUUUUAUGUGUACUACUUCGUCACGCAAAGACUAAUUCGCAACCAGUCAAUUUGUUGGAAACACGUCUCUCGUGGGAAAAUGCGCAUAUUUAUGCGGAUUUUAGAAUAUUUGCAUGAAGAUCUGUGGCCAAUAGUAUGGAAACCUAGUUUAUGAGACCAGCUGGCAGGUAAAUGAACAAAAACAGAAUCUGUUCAUAUGCUUGAAUAAAUAAUAUCUGUAACUAAGAAUAUCUGGGGUGUUUCACAAAAAUGGAUAAUGAAUUUGAAACUUGUCCAUACAUAUAUGAUUGUACAGUGCUGGAACACCUAAACUGCUUCAUUCACCAAAAAGAGUUGAUAAGAAAAAGCAAGUUCACUGUCAACUGACACCAAAGUCUCAUUUUGAUCACACACAUCUUGUUCAAUAGAAGGGUGCAGUUUAUUUAAGUUACAUUUUACAUUUUAGUAAUUUAGCAGACGCUCUUAUCCAGAGCGACUUACAAUUAGUGAGUGCAUACAUUUUUCAUACUGGCCCCCCGUGGGAAUGACAAUAAUGUUUAAGGGACUCCACAAAGAGACCACAAAGUGUCGAUGUUCAGGUCGACAUCAACCCACCAAUAAAUGCUGGAAUGGACUCCUCCAUGCCUGUCCGAACACUCAACUGGCCGUCUGUGUGUGUGUGUUUAUCCUUCCCAGGGCGGGCUACGUCGCCCGUCCACGUCUGUCUCUACAUGAUACAGCAUGUCAGCCAGUGUGUGUUCGAUCACCGCUCCCCAGCCCAUAUCACUCAUCUGGAGACACAAACACACACCAAUCAAUCAAAUCUACAACCUCAGUGACAUCAAAACUACAAGCAUCUCUAUUGCUUGUCUAAUAAAAUAAAAAUAAAGUAUAUGUACAGUGCCUUCAGGAAGUAUUCAUACCCCUUGACUUAUUCCACGUGUUACAGCCUGAAUUCAAAACUAAUUCGUUUGAUGUUUUUCUCUCACCCAUCUACACUCAAUACCCCAUAAUGACAAAGUGAAAACAUGUUUUUAGAAAUCUUUGCAAAUUUAUUUCAAAUUAAAUACAUACAUCUCAUUUACAUAAGUAUUCACAGCCCUGAGUCAAUACUUUGUAGAAACACCUUCGGCAGUGAUUACAGCUGUAAGUCUUUCUGGGUAAGUCUAAGAGCUUUCCACACCUGGAUUGUGCAACAUUUGCCCAUUAUUCUUUUCAAAAUCCUUCAAGCUCUGUCAAAUUGGUUGUUGGUCAUUGCUAGAGAACCAUUUUCAGGUCUUGCCAUAGAUUUAAGUAGAUUUAAGUCAAAACUUACUCUACCACUCAGGAACAUUCACUGUCUUCUUGGUAAGCAACACCAGUGUAGAUUUGGCCUUGUGUUUUAGGUUACUGUCCUACUGAAAGGUGAAAUCUCCUAAAUGUCUGGUGGAAAGCAGACAACCAGGUUUUCCUUUAGGAUUUUGCCUGUGCUUAGCUCCAUUCCAUUUAUUUAUUUCCUGAAAAACUCCCCAGUCCUUAACGAUUACAAGCAUACCCAUAAUAUGAUGCAGCCACCACUAUGCUUGAAAAUAUGGAGAAUGGUACUCAGUAAUGUGUUGUAUUGGAUUUGCCCGAAGCAUAACACUUUGUAUUCAGGACAAAAAGUUCAUUACUUUGCCACAUUUUUUGCAGUAUUACUUUAGUGAAAUCCCCUCUGGCAAGUGAGUUAGGAAGGACGCCUGUAUCUUUGUAGUGACGGUGUAUUGAUACACCAUCCAAAGUAUAAUUAAUAACUUCAUCAUGCUCAAAGGGCUAUUCCGUGUCUAUUUUAACCAUUCUACCAUUAGGUGCCCUUUGCGAGCAUUGGAAAACUUCCCAGGUCUUUGUUGUUAAAUCUGUGUUUGAAAUUCACUGCCCGACUGAGGGACCUUCCAGAUAAUUGCAUGUGUGAGGUACAGAGAUGAGGUAGUCAUUCAAAAAUCAUGUUAAACACUAUUAUUGCACAUUGAGUGAGUCCAUGCAAUUUAUUUUGCGACUUGUUAUACACAUGUUUACUCCUGAACUUUAGGCUUGCCAUAACAAAGGCAUUGAAUAGUUAUUGACUCAAGACAUUUCAGCUUUUCAUUUUAAAUUAAUUUGUAAAAGUUUAGAAAAACAUAAUUUCACUUUAACACUAUGGGGUAUUGUGUGUAGGCAAGUGACAAAAAAAUCUCUAUUUAAACCAUUUAAAAUUCAGGCAGUAACAAAUAAAAAUGGAAAAAGUCAAGGACUUUCUGAACGCACUGUAUAUGUGUGUGUGUGUGUACUCACUGGCUGGUACUUGAUGUCUUUUGGAGGGUGUUUGAAAAGUGGUCCAAAGUUAACCGAAACCUGGGUGAAAAGAGGGAUAAUCAUCACAACGUGAUUAAAAAGGAUUGGGCAUCCUUGGAGUAGAUACUGCUAUAUAUCACAGCACAAUAAACCUCUGGGGCAUUGUAUUACUUACGGUGCUGUGGAGGGAGAUGGACGGAAAAUAUAACCCUUCAAACAGACACACACACACACAAACACACACACACUACUAACCGUGCAGCCCCGGUAAAGAGAGAUGGCAGGGAAGUAGAGCCCCUCAAACAGAUUUUCAUAGGCCAGACCCAGGUUCACACCAUUCUUAUAGAACAGCAUCUGGAGAGGAGGGGAGAACAAAGGUAUCAACAAAUGGAAAUGCCAAUCCUAUAUCUAUUAUGUCAACAACAUGUAUGAUAAGGACAACCAAUAGGAAUCAUAAGAAAUUGGCAGUGCAUUCUGAGAUAAUCCCCAUUGCUUUAAAUGUGAAUGUCUGAUCUAUUGGUUGUAGUUCUAUGCUGGAGCAUCACCCUGCUGGGGGUAACAGUCUUCAGGCUCUUCUCUGCCUUGUCCACAUAGUCCUUCUCCUCAAAGUACAGGUAACUCUUAAACUUAAUCAGCGCCUAAGAGAACACACAGGGAUGAGAGGUCAAGUCUCAUAACUACAACAGAGAGUGGAUGCCUGCUACUUCCUAUUCUCAGUUACACAUUAAUCAACACUAGUAUUUGAAAAAUAUAUUAGAAAAAGUACCUUGUCCUUGUAAGUGUCCGGCAGUGCCUUUGCAGUCUCAGUGCCGUCUGGUAGUUCUAUGAAGAAGCCCAGAGUGUCUCCCUGUCCGUAGCCUGAGGAGUAGUGUUUCCCUACAGACUGGUGGAAACGUGUCCCCUUCUUACUGCGCCAUGAGUAGCUGAACUUAUCAUAGCCCAGAGGGGCCUGCAGGUUACCUACAACACACACACACAAGUUAUUACAUAUGCUGUCUCCAUGUGUGUAUGGUCGUUUGCUUAUGCGCGUGUGUGUGUGUGUGCACUUGCGUGGUACUAACCUAGAGGCUGAGACCAGCCCAGUCUGGCUGCGGUGUCCGGGGGCAUCUCAUCGAUGGAGACCUCAAAGUACCAUGAUCCUUUCCUGACACCAUGGGAGGCUCUGACCAUGGAGUAACCCUUCUCCCCUGUCACUGUCAGACGGUCAUCUGAGAUCUUCAGCUGGGGGGCUGCAGACAUACAGUACCAGUCAAAAGUUUGGACACACCUACAUUCAAGGGUUUUUCUUUAUUUUUACUAUUUUCUACAUUGUAGAAUAAUAGUGAAGACAUCAAAACUAUUAAAAGAACACAUAUGGAAUCAUGUAGUAACCAAAAAAGUGUUAAACAAAUCAAAAUAUAUUUUAGUCUUCAAAGUAGCCACCUUGAUGACAGCUUUGCACACUCUUGACAUUCUCUCAACCAGCUUCACCUGGAAUGCUUUUCCAGUCUUGAAGGAGUUCCCACAUAUGCUGUGCACUUGUUAGCUGCUUUUCCUUCACUCUGUGGUUCAACUCAUCCCAAACCAUCUCAAUUGGGUUGAGGUCGGGUGAUUGUGGAGGCCAGGUCAUCUGAUGCAGCACUCCAUCACUCUCCUUCUUGGUCAAAUAGCCCUUACACAGCCUGGAGGUGUGUUGGGUCAUUGUCCUGUUGAAAAACAAAUGAUAGUCCCACUAAGCCCAAACGAGAUGGGAUGGCGUAUCACUGCAGAAUGCUGUGGUAGCCAUGCUAGUUAAGUGUGCCUUGAAUCUAAAUAGAUCACAGACAGUGUCACCAGCAAAGCACCCCCACACCAUCACACCUCCUCCACCAUGCUUCACGGUGGGAACCACAUAUGCGGAGAUCAUCCGUUCACCUACUCUGCGUCUCACAAAGACACGGAACCAAAAAUCUCAAAUUGGACUCAUCAGACCAAAAGGACAGAUUUCCACCGGUCUAAUGUCCAUUGCGCGUGUUUCUUGGCAGCAAUUUGACCAUGAAGGCCUGAUUCACAGUCUCCUCUGAACAGUUGAUGUUGAGAUGUGUUUGUUACUUGAACUCUGUGAAGGAUUUAUUUGGACUGCAAUCCAAGGUGCAGUUAACUCUAAUGAACUUAUCCCCUGCAGCAGAGGUAACUCUGGGUCUUCCUUUCCUGUGGCGGUCCUCAUGAGAGCCAGUUUCAUCACAGCGCUUGAUGGUUUUUGAGACUGCACUUGAAAAACCUUUCAAAGUUCUUGAAAUGUUCCAUAUUGACUGACCUUCAUAUCUUAAAGUAAUGAUGGUCUGUCGUUUCUCUUUGCUUAAUUGAGCUGUUCUUGCCAUAAUAUGGAGUUCUGUAUACCCCCCUACCUUGUCACAACGCAACUGAUUGACUCAAACGCAUUAAGGAAAGAAAUUCCACAGAUUAAUUUUUAAUAAGGCCCACCUGUUAAUUGAAAUGCAUUCCAGGUGACUACCUCAUGAAGCUGGUUGAGAGAAUGCCAAGAGUGUGCAAAGCUGUCAUCAAGGUGGCUACUUUGAAGAAUCUCAAAUAUAAAAUAGAUUUUGAUUUGUUUAACACUUUUUUGGUUAAUACAUGAUUCCAUACAGUGGGGAAAAAAGUAUUUAGUCAGCCACCAAUUGUGCAAGUUCUCCCACUUAAAAAGAUGAGAGAGGCCUGUAAUUUUCAUCAUAGGUACACGUCAACUAUGACAGACAAAUUGAGAGAAAAAAAUCCUGAAAAUCACAUUGUAGGAUUUUUAAUGAAUUUAUUUGCAAAUUAUGGUGGAAAAUAAGUAUUUGGUCAAUAACAAAUGUUUCUCAAUACUUUGUUAUAUACCCUUUGUUGGCAAUGACACAGGUCAAACGUUUUCUGUAAGUCUUCACAAGGUUUUCACACACUGUUGCUGGUAUUUUGGCCCAUUCCUCCAUGCAGAUCUCCUCUAGAGCAGUGAUGUUUUGGGGCUGUCGCUGGGCAACAUGGACUUUCAACUCCCUCCAAAGAUUUUCUAUGGGGUUGAGAUCUGGAGACUGGCUAGGCCACUCCAGGACCUUGAAAUGCUUCUUACGAAGCCAUUCCUUUGUUGCCCGGGCGGUGUGUUUGGGAUCAUUGUCAUGCUGAAAGACCCAGCCAGGUUUCAUCUUCAUGGAAGGAGGUUUUCACUCAAAAUCUCACGAUACAUGGCCCCAUUCAUUCUUUCCUUUACACGGAUCAGUCGUCCUGGUCCCUUUGCUGAAAAACAGCCCCAAAGCAUGAUGUUUCCACCCCCAUGCUUCACAGUAGGUAUGGUGUUCUUUGGAUGGAUAGCAUUCUUUGUCCUCCAAACACGACGAGUUGAGUUUUUACCAAAAAGUUAUAUUUUGGUUUCAUCUGACCAUAUGACAUUCUCCCAAUCCUCUUCUGGAUCAUCCAAAUGCACUCUAGCAAACUUCAGACGGGCCUGGACAUGUACUGGCUUAAGCAGGGGGACACGUCUGGCACUGCAGGAUUUGAGUCCCUGGCGGCGUAGUGUGUUACUGAUGGUAGGCUUUGUUACUUUGGUCCCAGCUCUCUGCAGGUCAUUCACUAGGUCCCCCCGUGUGGUUCUGGGAUUUUUGCUCACCGUUCUUGUGAUCAUUUUGACCCCACGGGGUGAGAUCUUGCGUGGAGCCCCAGAUCGAGGGAGAUUAUCAGUGGUCUUGUAUGUCUUCCAUUUCUUAAUAAUUGCUCCCACAGUUGAUUUCUUCAAACCAAGCUGCUUACCUAUUGCAGAUUCAGUCUUCGCAGCCUGGUGCAGGUCUACAAUUUUGUUUCUGGUGUCCUUUGACAGCUCUUUGGUCUUGGCCAUAGUGGAGUUUGGAGUGUGACUGUUUGAGGUUGUGGACAGGUGUCUUUUAUACUGAUAACAAGUUCAAACAGGUGCCAUUAAUACAGGUAACGAGUGGAGGACAGAGGAGCCUCUUAAAGAAGAAGUUACAGGUCUGUGAGAGCCAGAAAUCUUGCUUGUUUGUAGGUGAACAAAUACUUAUUUUCCACCAUAAUUUGCAAAUAAAUUCAUUAAAAAUCCUACAAUGUGAUUUUCAGGAUUUUUUUCUCUCAAUUUGUCUGUCAUAGUUGACGUGUACCUAUGAUGAAAAUUACAGGCCUCUCAUCUUCUUAAGUGGGAGAACUUGCACAAUUGGUGGCUGACUAAAUCUUUUUUUUCCCCACUGUAUGUGUUAUUCUACAAUGUAGGAAAUAGUACAAAUAAAGAAAAACCCUGGAAUGAGUAGGUGUAUCCAAACUUUUGACUGGUACUGUAUAUAUAUAUACACACACACACACACACACACACACACGCACGCACGCACACAGACAGAAUUCUGAGAGAAUGUGAUAUUCAACAUUACUGGGUAAAGCUAAACAUGAGAAGCCCAUCUCCACUACACUACAGUAGGAUUUCCUGUGUGUGUACCUCUGUCGUGCAGGGCUAGCAGUACUCUCUCGUAGAGACAGGCUCUGUAGAGGUCUCCAGGGAUGGGUUUCCCAGCCCAGCAGUCCAGCUCCAGUUUCUCUGGGUCGGGGGCGUGAGGGUCCGGCUCUGCUAGGAUGUAGCGGUAGCCAUCUUUGUUGAAGGGGUGCUCCAGGGGGUAGCCAUGGGGAGGAAGACGCUGGGCCGAGAACAGAGGGUCACUACAGAGGGAGAGAAAGGAAAAUGGGAGAAACAGACUCCAUGAGGGUGGUAUGAGGGCCCGACGUCCACAGGUGGGGGUUGUGCUUACAGCCCAACACCGUGCAGGACGUUUGGCAUUUGCCAGAGAACACCAAGAUUGGCAAAUUCGCCACUGUCGCCAUGUGCUCUUCACAGAUGAAAGCAGGUUCACACUGAGCACAUGUGACAGACGUGACAGAGUCUGGAGACGCCGUGGAGAACGUUCUGCUGCCUGCAACAUCCUCCAGCAUGACCGGUUUGGCGGUGGGUCAGUCAUGGUGUGGGGUGGCAUUUCUUUGGGGGGCCGCACAGCCCUCCAUGUGCUCGCCAGAGGUAGCCUGACUGCCAUUAGGUACCGAGAUGAGAUCCUCAGACCCCUUGUGAGACUAAAUGCUGGUGCGGUUGGCCCUGGGUUCCUCCUAAUGCAAGACAAUGCUAGACCUCAUGUGGCUGGAGACCUGCCCGUUCCCCAGACCUGAAUCCAAUUGAGCAUAUCUGGGACAUCAUGUCUCGCUCCAUCCACCAACGCCACGUUGCACCACAGACUGUCCAGGAGUUGGCGGAUGCUUUAGUCCAGGUCUGGGAGGAGAUCCCUCAGGAGACCAUCCGCCACCUCAUCAGGAGCAUGCCCAGGCGUUGUAGGGAGGUCAUACAGGCACGUGGAGGCCACACACACUACUGAGCCUCAUGUUGACUUGUUUUAAGGACAUUACAUCAACGUUGGAUCAGCCUGUAGUGUGGUUUUCCACUUUAAUUUUGAGGGUGACUCCAAAUCCAGACCUCCAUGGGUUGAUACAUUUGAUUUCCAUUGAUAAUUUUUGUGUGAUUUUGUUGUCAGCACAUUCAACUAUGUAAAGAAAAAAGUAUUUAAUAAGAUGAUUUCAUUCAUUCAGAUCUAGGAUGUGUUAUUUUAGUGUUCCCUUUCUUUUUUUGAGCAGUGUAUAUUGCUCUUGAAAAAUAAGAGACCACUGCAAAAUUAUCCGUUUCUCUGGUUUUACUAUUUAUAGGUAUGUUUUUGGGUAAAAAUAACAUUUUUGUUUUAUUCUAUAAACUACUGACAACAUUUCUCCCAAAUUCCAAAUAAAAAUAUUGUCAUUUAGAGCAUUUAUUUGCAGAAAAUGACAACUGGUCAAAAUAACAAAAAAGAUGCAGUGUUGUCAGACCUCGAAUAAUGCAAAGAAAAUAAAUUCAUGUUCAUUUUUAAACAACGCAAUACUAAUGUUUUAACUUAGGAAGUGUUCAGAAAUCAAUAACCCUGAUUUUCAAUCACAGCUUUCAUGCGUCUUGGCAUGUUCUCCACCAGUCUUUCACAUUGAUGUUGGGUGACUUUAUGCCACUCCUGGCGCAAAAAUUCAAUUCAGUGGUUUUUAUACUUUUCCUCGUUAAAUAAGAUUUGGUUCAGGUGAUCACCUAAUCAGUACCUAAUUCUGUAGAAUGAGGUGUGCCUGUGUUGGAAUUCAACAGACACUGGAAUGGAUUGGCUGUCAUACAUGUAGAGAUGCUGAUUUAAGAAACAUUUGCAGUGGUCUAUUAAUUUUUUCCAGAGAUGUAUAUACAGUUGAAGUCAGAAGUUUACGUACACUUAGGUUGGAGUCAUUAAAACUUGUUUUUCAACCACUCCACAAAUUUCUUGUUAACAAACUAUAGUUUUGGCAAGUCGGUUAGGACAUCUACUUUGUGCAUGACACGUAUUUUUUCCAACAAUUGUUUACAGACAGAUUAUUUCACUUAUAAUUCACUGUAUCACAAUUCUAGUGGGUCAGAAGUUUACAUACACUAAGUUGACUGUGCCUUUAAACAGUUUGGAAAAUUCCAGAAAAUGAUGUCAUGGCUUUAGAAGCUUCUGAUAAAUGAUGUCAAUUAGCCUGAGUCAAUUGGAAGUGUACCUGUGGAUGUAUUUCAAGGCCUACCUUUAAACUCAGUGCCUCUUUGCUUGACAUCAUAGGAAAAUCAAAAGAAAUCAGGCAAGACCUCAGAAAUGUUUUUGUAGACUUCCACAAGUCUGGUUCAUCAUUGGGAGCAAUUUCCAAACGCCUGAAGGUACCACGUUCAUCUGUACAAACAAUAGUCUUCAAGUAUAAAUACCAUGGGACCACGCAGCCGUCAUACCACUCAGGAAGGAGACGCGUUCUGUCUCCUAGAGAUGAACGUACUUUGGUGCGAAAAGCGCAAAUCAAUCCCAGAACAACAGCAAAGGACCUUGUGAAGAUGCUGGAGGAAACAGGUACAAAAGUAUCUAUAUCCACAGUAAAACAAGUCCUAUAUCGACAUAACCUGAAAGGCCGCUCAGCAAGGAAGAAGCCACUGCUCCAAAACCGCAAUAAAAAAAGCCAGACUACGGUUUGCAACUGCACAUGGGGACAAAGAUCGUACUUUUUGGAGAAAUGUCCUCUGGUCUGAUGAAACAAAAAUAGAACUGUUUGGCCAUAAUGACCAUCGUUAUGCUUGGAGGAAAAAGGGGGUUGCUUGCAAGCCGAAGAACACCAUCCCAACCAUGAAGCACAGGGGUGGCAGCAUCAUGCUGUGGGGGUGAUUUGCUGCAGGAGGGACUGGUGCACUUCACAAAAUAGAUAGCAUCAUGAGGAAGGAAAAUUAUGUGGAUAUAUUGAAGCAACAUCUCAAGACAUCAGUCAGGAAGUUAAAGCUUGGUCGUAAAUGGGUCUUCCAAAUGGACAAUGACCCCAAGCAUACUUCCAAAGUUGUGGCAAAAUAGCUUAAGGACAACAAAGUCAAGGUAUUGGAGUGGCCAUCACAAAGCCCUGACCUCAAUCCUAUAGAACAUUUGUGGGCAGAACUGAAAAAGCGUGUGCGAGCAAGGAGGCCUACAAACCUGACUCAGUUACACCAGCUCUGUCAGGAGGAAUGGGCUAAAACUCACCCAACUUAUUGUGGGAAGCUUGUGGAAGGCUACCCGAAACAUUUGACCCAAGUUAAACAAUUUAAAGGCAAUGCUACCAAAUACUAAUUGAGUGUAUGUAAACUUCUGACCCACUGGGAAUGUGAUGAAAGAAAUAAAAGCAGAAAAUAAAUCACUCUACUAUUAUUUCACAUUCUUAAAAUAAAGUGGUGAUCCUAACUGACCUAAGACAGGGAAUUUUUACUAGGAUUAAAUGUCAGGAAUUGUGAAAAACUGAGUUUAAAUGUAUUUGGCUAAGGUGUAUGUAAACUUCCGACUUCAACUGUAUAUAUAGGGUAUAAUGUGUAUAUUUACGUUGUAUAUACAGGGCGCAUUUGUAAAAGAGACCUAGGUCUCAAUAUGUCUUCCCUGUUAAAAUAAAGGUGAAAAAAGUUCUCAGACCUAUAAGAACACUAAGGACAUGUUUUAAUCUGUGUUGUACCUGCGUGUUCUCUUAGCUGCUCCGGCUGUGGCUCCCUCCUGUUGCUGCUGCUGCUGCUUACGCUUGGCUCCUCUACCUUUACCUGGGCCAGGGGCCAGACCACCUUCACACAACACACACACAGGUUACACUAUAGAACACACACACUUUCAGCACUAUCAAAAAGUCACCUAAGAGGUACAAGCGUGAAUUGAGCAGGGAGGGACACCACAUAAACUCAGCAAAAAAAGAAACGUCCUCUCACUGUCAACUGCGUUAAUUUUCAGCAAUCUUAACAUGUGUAAAUAUUUGUAUGAACAUAACAAGAUUCAACAACUGAGACAUAAACUGAACAAGUUCCACAGACAUGUGACUAACAGCAAUUGAAUAAUGUGUCCCUGAACAAAGUGGGGGUCAAAAUCAAAAGUAACAGUCAGUAUCUGGUGUGGCCACCAGCUGCAUUAAGUACUGCAGUGCAUCUCCUCCUCAUGGACUGCACCAGAUUUGCCAGUUCUUGCUGUGAGAUGUUAUCCCACUCUCCCACCAAGUCACCUGCAAGUUCCCUGACAUUUCUGGGAGGAAUGGCCCUAGCCCUCACCCUCCGAUCCAACAGGUCCCAGACGUGCUCAAUGAGAUUGAGAUCCGGGCUCUUCACAUUGUAAUGCUGGAGGGUCAUGUCAGGAUGAGCCCGCAGGAAGGGUACCACAUGAGGGAGGAGGAUGUCUUCCCUGUAACGCACAGCGUUGAGAUUGCCUGCUAUGACAACAAGCUCAGUCCGAUGAUGCUGUGACACACCGCCCUAGACCAUGACGGACCCUCCACCUCUGUCCCGCAGGUGUGAUUUUCGGAUGUACCGAUCCUGUGUAGGUGUUGUUACACGUGGUCUGCCACUGCGAGGACGAUCAGCUGUCCGUCCUGUCUCCCUGUAGCGCUGUCUUAGGCGUCUCACAGUAUGGACAUUGCAAUUUAUUGCCCUGGCCACAUCUGCAGUCCUCAUGCAUCCUUGCAGCAUGCCUAAGGCACAUUCACGCAGAUGAGCGGGGACCCUGAGCAUCUUUCUUUUUGUGUUUUUCAGAGUCAGUAGAAAGGCCUCUUUAGUGUUCUAUGUUUUCAUAACUGUGACCUUAAUUGCCUACCGUCUGUAAACUGUUAGUGUUUUGACGACCGUACCACAGGUGCAUGUUCAUUAAUUGUUUAUGGUUCAUUGAACAAGCAUGGGAAACAGUGUUUAAACCCUUUACAAUGAAGAUCUGUGAAGUUAUUUUGAGUUUUACGAAUUAUCUUUGAAAGACAGGGUGCUGAAAAAGGGACGUUUCUUUUUUUGCUGAGUUUAUUAAGAAGUGCAGACACACAGAGGAAGCAAAGGGAUUAAUUCACACCAUAGCUGUGUCCCAACUUUAACAGCCUCCUUCUGUCUUUCCUAUACCACUCACCACUGGGCAAGAAAAGGAAGGAAGAGGCUGUUCCAGAGUAUUGGGAUGAAGCCCGUGAACUCAGGAGCAGAAAGCCAAAGGAAAUUACGUCAUUCAAUCAGUCCACCAAUCAAAAGCCAGAUCAAAAGGGAAAACGCUUCAGGGCACCAACAUAAGCGGAGAGCAGGUGAGGGAUGGGGUUACGAUUGGAGCAGGGUGGUUGCCUGAAUAUCCUGAUCAAAGGUCAGACUGCAUUUUGCCCCUAAAUUGUUUGGGUAAGGAAUGGGGGAGUUUAAGCUGAUCCUUGAUCUGUGCCUAUGGGCAAAUUCUACCUGGAGAGUUAUGAUUGCACGAAACACAGGGCUCAGAGGCAGAUACCAAAACACCACAUCAUAUUCACCUGAGAAAGAAGGUCCACCUGGAACGCAGCACAGCAUGUAUAUAGCAUUUAUAACAUGAGAACGUCUUCUGUGUGGCAUUAUGCUCUACUGUGACACAUUGAUAACUAAUUCCAUGAAAAACAGUAUGUGUGUGAGUGUGACGUGUUGUGUGUUUAGUGAGAAUUUGUGUUGAUGUGUGACAGUGUGUGUUGGUGUGUUUUGAGAGAGUGUGUGUUUAAGAGUGUGUUGGUGUGUUUAGCACUUACCGUUGAGCCCUCCAGGAGUGGGAGCAGCGGUGGUCUGUUUCUGGUUGUCGUAAGACGGUCCAAUGCUGCCCAAAUCCUGAGAUGAAAAAAAAUCAACCAACUGUCAGCAUCACUGUGUAUGUGUGUGUGUUUGUCUGCUGUGUUUUCCUACCUGGUCCAGCAGGCCAAACUUGGGGUAGUCCUCCUCUGGGUCCUUACUGCCUGGGUCUGGCUGCUCCUUCACCAGGAACACAUCCCGCUCUUUACUCUGAAAGACAGAGAAGUCAAGUAAAGACAUUAUCUGUUUCUAAGAGAAAGUCCAGGUACUUUUUCAACGGUGUAACAGUGAAGAUCUAUGGUGAUAGGUGGGAUGGGCUGAGAGCGGCUGAGGGGUGGGAUUAAAGAGCUUAUGUUUGGUAAUGUAUUAUUGUUAUAUGACUCCUUUAUAUAAAAGUACCAUGUAUGUAAAAUGUAUGUACACUACCGGUCAAAAGUUUUAGAACACCUACUCAUUCAAGGGUUUUUCUAUAUUUUUACUAUUUUCUACAUUGUAGAAUAAUAGUGAAGACAUCAAAACUAUGAAAUAACUCAUACAGUGGGGAGAACAAGUAUUUGAUACACUGACGAUCUUGCAGGUUUUCCUACUUACAAAGCAUGUAGAGGUCUGUAAUGUUUAUCAUAGGUACACUUCAACUGUGAGAGACGGAAUCUAAAACAAAAUCCUGAAAAUCACAUUGUAUGAUUUUUAAGUAAUUAAUUUGCAUUUUAUUGCAUGACAUAAGUAUUUGAUCACCUACCAACCAGUAAGAAUUCCGGCUCUCACAGACCUGUUAGUUUUUCUUUAAGAAGCCCUCCUGUUCUCCACUCAUUACCUGUAUUAAAUGCACCAGUUUGAACUCGCUACCUGUAUAAAAGACACCUGUCCACACACUCAAUCAAACAGACUCCAACCUCUCCACAAUGGCCAAGACCAGAGAGCUGUGUAAGGACAUCAGGGAUAAAAUUGUAGACCUGCACAAGGCUGGGAUGGGCUACAGGACAAUAGGCAAGCAGCUUGGUGAGAAGGCAACAACUGUUGGCACAAUUAUUAGAAAAAGGAAGAAGUUCAAGAUGACGGUCAAUCACCCUCGGUCUGGGGCUCCAUGCAAGAUCUCACCUCGUGGGGCAUCAAUGAUCAUGAGGAAGGUGAGGGAUCAGCCCAGAACUACACGGCAGGACCUGGUCAAUGACCUGAAGAGAACUGAGACCACAGUCUCAAAGAAAACCAUUAGUAACACACUACGCCGUCAUGGAUUAAAAUCCUGCAGCGCACGCAAGGUCCCCCUGCUCAAGCCAGUGCAUGUCCAGGCCCGUCUGAAGUUUGCCAAUGACCAUCUGGAUGAUCCAGAGGAGGAAUGGGAGAAGGUCAUGUGGUCUGAUGAGACAAAAAUAGAGCUUUUUGGUCUAAACUCCACUCGCUGUGUUUGGAGGAAGAAAAAGGAUGAGUACAACCCCAAGAACACCAUCCCAACCGUGAAGCAUGGAGGUGGAAACAUCAUUCUUUGGGGAUGCUUUUCUGCAAAAGGGACAGGACAACUGCACCGUAUUGAGGGGAGGAUGGAUGGGGCCAUGUAUCGCGAGAUCUUGGCUAACAACCUCCUUCCCUCAGUAAGAGCAUUGAAGAUGGGUUGUGGCUGGGUCUUCCAGCAUGACAACGACCCGAAACACACAGCCAGGGCAACUAAGGAGUGGCUCCGUAAGAAGCAUCUCAAGGUCCUGGAGUGGCCUAGCCAGUCUCCAGACCUGAACCCAAUAGAACAUCUUUGGAGGGAGCUGAAAGUCUGUAUUGCCCAGCGACAGCCCCGAAACCUGAAGGAUCUGGAGAAGGUCUGUAUGGAGGAGUGGGCCAAAAUCCCUGCUGCAGUGUGUGCAAACCUGGUCAAGACCUACAGGAAACGUAUGAUCUCUGAAAUUGCAAACAAUGGUUUCUGUACCAAAUAUUAAGUUCUGCUUUUCUGAUGUAUCAAAAACUUAUGUCAUGCAAUAAAAUGCUAAUUAAUUACUUAAAAAUCAUACAAUGUGAUUUUCAGGAUUUUUGUUUUAGAUUCCGUCUCUCACAGUUGAAGUGUACCUAUGAUAAACAUUACAGACCUCUACAUGCUUUGUAAGUAGGAAAACCUGCAAGAUCGUCAGUGUAUCAAAUACUUGUUCUCCCCACUGUAUGUAAUCAUGUAGUAACCAAAGAAGUGUUAAACAAAUCAAAAUAUAUUUUAAAUAUAACAUCCAUUCACCCACACCGCGUCUCACAAGGACACGGCGGUUGGAACCAAAAAUCUCCAGACCAAAGGACAAAUUUCCACCGGUCUAAUGUCCAUUGCUCGUGUUUCUUGGCCAAAGCAAGUCUCUUCUUCUUAUUGGUGUUCUUGAAAUGUUCCGUAUUGACUGACCUUCAUGUCUUAAUGAUGGACUGUCGUUUCUCUUUGCUUAUUUGAGCUGUUCUUGCCAUAAUAUGGACUUGGUCUUUUACCAAAUAGGGCUAUCUUCUGUAUACCCCCCUACCUUGUCACAACACAACUGAUUGGCUAAGAAGGAAAGAAGAAAAUAAAUUCCACAAAUUAACUUUUAAGAAGGCACACCUGUUAAUUGAAAUGCAUUCCAGGUGACCACCUCAUGAAGCUGGUUGCGAGAAUGCCAAGAGUGUGCAAAGCUGUCAUCAAGGCAAAGGGUGGCUAUUUGAAGAAUCUCAAAUAUAAAAUAGAUUGAUUUGUUUAACACUUUUUUGGUUAAUACAUGAUUCCAUGUGUUAUUUCAUAGUAUUGAUGUCUUCACUAUUAUUCUACAAUGUAGAAAAUAGUAAAAAAAAAUAAAGAAAAACUCUUGAAUGAGUAGGUGUUCUAAAACUUUUGACCGGUAGUAUAUAUAUAUAUAUUUUGUUUAAACAGUGACGGUUUAGUGUGAUGUGUGUAGUUUGGUGCAUCUGUGCAAGUCAGUGGUUGCUCUUAUACUCACCAUGGUCUUGACUAGGUUGUUGGGCCAGGUAAGUUUUCCAGGUCUCUGUCGGGUGGUCAUACACUCCCAGUACUUAUCAAUGAAUGGGAUGAUGUCCUGCAAGGAGAGAGAGAGUGUACUGGAAAAUAUGACAUUAACAUAUCCAGUGUUUUAAGCAAAUGAAAAACAUACGCAAAAGAUGUGUAAUAUCUUGACAUGACAUAUAAAAUCAAGCAUUUCCAAAGAUCACAUAUUCGCUUCUCAAUGUGUAUUACUGUGGGUUCUAUGUUGGGACUGUUGAGGGGACUGACCUUGUCUUUGGAGAACAUAGUCUUGGGGUGUUCCUCCUGAGUCCUGGAACUCCAUGUGAGGUUGGCCAGAGCAGUCAGACACAUCUCCUUCAGGUCUGGAACACACAGCAUCACUCAAUCAGUACAUCACUAAAUAACAGACCAUCAGUAAUCACCAAACACACACACACACACACACACACACACACACACACACAGAAGUGUAUCAGCUGAAUGAGAACACCUACUGGCUUGUUUCCGGAGGAAGUAGGUGUUGCCGCUGUGAUGACACACGUUACAAUGGAACACAUAGUUGGUCAUGAAAGGCAGACACGUCCUGGAGAGAGCGGGAGAAAGACUAAUCAAAGACCUUGAUCCUGAACAUUUUAAAUUUAAACCAGUAGCUACCUGGUUAUUCGAGCUCAAGGGGUCUAAUUCAAGGUCUAACAAGCUUAGUCUUGGAAUCAGUUAGCCAAAGGCCUCUAUGGUAAGAGAUAGAUUGAGUUACUAAGUGAGUCAGACGUACGCGGUGUCGAUACUGAAGGUGUCGGCAGUGAACCACUUCAUACAGAGAGCACACUGCAGCUCCACCUCUCCCUGGUGCCUGCCGCUCUCCUCAUCCCCAGAACCUGUCUGGGUGUCAGCCGCCUCCAAACCCUCACUACCCGGAUCCUGA